AUGGUGCCCCAUUUCAUUGGUCGACAAGAAAAAGUUGAAGAUAUCUUGCGUGCGUUGACGUCCACAUCUGCGCGGCUAGUUUCUGUAUCUGGACUCCCUGGUUUUGGCAAAACCUCAUUGGCAAUCGCAGUAGGACACCAACUUAGACAGCUAGGACUACCAGUUUAUUUCCUUUCCUUGAGAAGCGUCAAGACAGCGGAAGAGCUGAUCUCUGACCUGUUAAACACCUUUGCACAUGCGUCUUCUGAUGUAACGGGGCGAGAACGUUCAAAACUAUGCGGACUCCUCAGUGCAAUUCCUUCCAAUAUUUAUAUCAUCCUCGAUAACGCCGAUGACCUUUUUGCGAGUAGCGGUGGAACGCGCCAAGAUGUUUUAGACCUUCUAGAAAAGAUCUUUACUCAUUGCAAGAAUGUGUCCUUUCUACUGACCACAAGGAUAAGUCUUCAAUCGGUGUUGGGAAGAAAAUUUGCUGCUCACACGUCUGUUGGAGUUACAUCGCUAGACAGGAAAUCGUCACAAAUGCUUGUUCAAGAACUUGUCCCUACUGCUGAUGAAAGUGAAUGCUGCAGAGUGGCUGAGGUUUGUGGAGACGUUCCGCUGGCCAUCAAGCUUUUGUGCAGUCAAAUCGUUGACGAGAAGAAGAGUAUAUCUCAAUUCCUCGACCACUUUAGCCGUUCUUCAAAAAAGCUAGCCGACUUGUUAGACGAUCCAGAUGCGCCUGAUGAUCAACGUUUAAAUGUUUUGCUCGAGUCUUAUUUCAAAAGACUAUCUCAAGAAGAGCAAGAAUCAUUUGUUUGUCUUUCAGUUUUGGUCAGUGAAGUAUUCGACGAGCAAGCUGCAGUAAACGUGAUUGGAGGAGAUGAAGAAACAGCAAAGAAAACUUUGUUGAGGCUCAAGAGAAAAUCGUUGGUUGAGGCAAAUUCCUCCGAAGCAGGAUUGUUUUCUUUUCACCCUUUGAUCAAGUCAUUUGGUUCCGAAAAAGGGGCUGAUGACAUGAAAGAAAUUGCUCGAGAAGCACAAAAGCGAUUCCUGAGUUAUUACGUCAAGUUGUUUGAAGAUUUAAACAACCAGUUUCUCGCUGGAAAUUCUCUGCUCGCAUUUCACGAUUUCGAAUUUAACAAGGAAAAUAUGAUGCAUAGCCUCUCCGAAGGUCUUCAAAAUGAGGGAGUCUGCCACGCAAUUUUCGAUGUCCUUUCCAAUGCGGAUCUGUUUCUGGACACCAUUUUCUACUUUCAACAUGCCCAGAUUUUUCAAAAGAUUUAUAAAUUAGCAAUAGCGAAGGCAAAAGAGCAGCGUAAAUUUAAAGCUGUCCACCAACUGCUAAUUGCUAAAGCUUUUGGUGAAAUAACCUGGUGUGAUGGAGCUGCAUUGCCAUUACUAAAAGAGGCUGAAGAAAUAGAGAAGCAAAAUCCUCUCCUUCCUUCAGAAGUUGCCAUGGGAAAACGAAUGUGUUACCAAGGUAUUCAGUUGCUAAUGCAUAAAGCGAUAGCGAAAGGAGGCAAAAUGAUUGAAAAAGGGGUAUCUCUCUUAAGUUCUGAAAAUACUGUACUCAAGGUCUUAUGCUCGCAGAUACUACCUUUGAUUACUCCUCACGCACAAAAGUAUUCCUACUACAGGAACAUUGUUUUAACUGAAUGCGCUAACAGACCAUCCUUGUAUGCUUUCUUCAAAGCUAUACAAGAAGAUGAUUGCGCUGACGAGAAUGAGGAUGAAAACCCAAAACCUUUACGUCAACCACUCAUUUUGCCGCUUGCUCUUCUCUUCAACGACGUUGUGAAAUGCUAUGACAUGAAGGAGGUAAUGUUUAAACUUGGUUUGCCAAUCUCCCAGUUGCAGAAAGAAAUCAAAGCGGAAGCACAAAACGACCGUCUAUACUUGCCACUACUCUUCGUCGUUGAAACCACCCUGGCAAAUGUAAAAAUAGAGCAAGAGAGUCCAGCAGCGAUGCAGUUCGCUCUUGAUAAUUUUAUAGGAGAAUAUGGUCGGCUAAACCCGGAUACAGCCGCAAGGUACUUUAACAUUGGAACAAUUCUACUGAGUCAGAAGGAUUAUGACACCGCUUUAACAUGUCAUUAUGAAGCACUAGACAUCAGACUAAAGCUUUAUGGGCUUAACCAUGCAGAUACUGCCGACAGCUAUUUCCUGAUUGGAAGAGCCCAAUUUGAGAAAAAAGAUUACAAGUCAGCACUGCAAUCGUUCGAGCAAGCACUUGACAUCAGACAAAAUAUUCACGGAAAAAUCUACCCAGCCGUUUCCCUCGCUUGUCAUGAGAUUGGAGUGACAAAGUAUCGCUUGAAAGAGUACGAUUCAGCUCUGCAUUGGUACCAGCAAGCCCUGGAUAUUAGCGUCGCGCUCUAUGGAAAGGAACACGCAUCCUCCGCUGGCAUAUACUCCCGGAUUGCAAAUUGUCAGGUCAAAAUGCAAGAUUAUGAUUCUGCUUUGGAGUCACAUCAACAGGCACUUGAUAUCAGACUAAAGCUUUAUGGGCACAACCAUGCAGAUAGCGCCAACAGCUAUUACCUGAUUGGAAAUACCCAACUUGAGAAAAGAGAUUACAAGUCAGCACUGCAAUCGUACGAGAAAGCACUUGAUAUGAGACAAAAUAUUCAUGGGAAAGUCCAUCCAGACAUUUCCUUGUCUUGUAAUCAGAUUGGAGUGACAAAGUAUCGCUUGAAAGAGUACGAUUCUGCUCUGCAUUGGCAUCAGCAAGCUCUGGAUAUUAGGGUAGCGCUCUAUGGAAAGGAACACACAUCCUCCGCUAACAGCUACUCCUGGUAUGCAGAAUGUCAAUACGAAAUGCAAGAUUAUGAUUCUGCUUUGGAGUCAUGUCAACAGGCACUUGACAUCAGACGAAAACUUUAUGGACACAACCAUGCAGAUACUGCCAACAGCUAUUACCAGAUUGGAAGAACCCAACUUGAGAAAAAAGAUUACAAGUCAGCACUGCAAUCGUUCGAGCAAGCACUUGAUAUCAGUCAAAAUCUUCAUGGGAAAAUCCACCCAGACGUUUCUUCCAUUUGUAAACAGAUUGGAGUGACAAAGUAUCGCUUGAAAGAGUACGAUUCAGCUCUGCAUUGGCACCAGCAAGCCCUGGAUAUUAGAGUAGCGCUCUAUGGAAAGAAACACCCAGCCGCCGCUGACAGCUACUUCAGCAUUGCAGAAUGUCAGUGCGAAAUGCAAAAUUAUGAUUCUGCUUUAGAGGCAUGUCAACAGGCACUUGAUAUCAGACUAAAGCUUUAUGGGCACAACCAUGCAGAUACCGCCAACAGCUAUUACCAGAUUGGAAGAGCCCAACUUAAGAAAAAAGAUUACAAGUCAGCACUACAAUCGUACAAGAAAGCACUUGAUAUCAGUCAAAAUCUUAAUGGGAAAAUCCACCCAAACGUUUCCUCCACUUGUAAUGAGAUUGGAGCGAUAAUGUAUUACUUGAAAGAGUACGAUUCAGCUCUGCAUUGGCACCAGCAAGCCCUGGAUAUUAGGGUGGCGUUCUAUGGAAAGGAACACCCAGCCGCCGCUGACAGCUACUUCAGCAUUGCAGAAUGUCAGUGCGAAAUGCAAGAUUAUGAUUCUGCUCUGGAGUCAUGUCAACAGGCACUUGAUAUCAGGUUAAAACUUUUUGGACAGAAGAGCGAAGCUACAAGCGACAGUUAUGACCAACUGGAAUUUAUACGAAGUCUAAAGAAAGUUUGCCAAUCAUCACUCGAGCUACAGAGCAAAAAUUCUUGAAACAAGAACAAAAUAACAAGUUGUAGUAGCGAUGUAUCUAUAGUAACACUGAUGGUUCGAGUAAAUACUAGUUAUAAAAGAGCACGAUUAAGUGUCUUAUAAUAACCAAUUGACAUCAGAAUUUCUGUUUGAUGAUGUAAUUUGCCCACUUUUUUAGCCAGUGCAAAUCAGUCAUAUUUUACCCUGUCUUCCAACAGGUGCUUUGUAAUAAUACUAGAAAAUUAAAUA